AUGAGAAAGGCGAAUAAGGAGGGAUCGCAGAUUGUUGACAACGGUUGCAAAGUUUCUUCCCAGCGCCCAGCGGCUAAGAAAGAAACUCAAGUUUUGAGCGAAUGGAAGGGGCAAGAGAUUGAAGAAGAUAUAGGAGGAUGUAUCAGAACUCAAGGAAUCGAAAUCCUCUUUUACAUCGACUUCGACACAUGCCAAUCCACCAUCCGUUCAACCAAAAUCUGUGGUCCGUAA